CAAGAGAGCUUCCUCUCAAGUGAUAUAACUCCAAGAGUUUCCUUGUUAACGUUAUUAACGUGUCCUGGUUCUAGUGAAGGACACAUCCAGCCUAGCACAUGUAGGCCACAUUGUAUACUAUAAACAAAUUUGCAGUUAUUCAAAGCUUAAGUAUUUGAGAAACCUGCCACGUACCACCAAAAUUCCUCUCAAGGAGCCCUUGGGGUAUGCGUACCCCAGGUUGAAAACCCCUGUUCUAGGUGGUUACAUCAAAGAUGUGCUUGGGUGGUGAUAUGGACCAUAAUAGGGGUACCACUAUAAAUGAAAUUGCCUGCGCCACUAAUGGGCGGAAACUGAACAGCACUUCCCACAUAUACUCUUCAAGCAUGCCUACAGGCGCUAUAGGCCAUAACAAAAAAGACUUCUAUACUGUCAACCCUUCUCUCUUUGUCACUAGCAAUUUAAUAAACAGCAAAAGCUCCCAGCCUGAAUGAAUAUUACAUUUGCAUCUAGCGUUGAUACAAAGACGAGCAUCAUGGCGAUGAUGGAAGGAAUAAUAAAGGCUGAAGAAGGGAAUGUAACCACAUAUUGUCAACUUUCACCACCUAUGAACAGUACCAAUGAACACUGAAAACACCCUAAUUUUGCAAUUGCCUUCAUAUAACAUUAAUUUAAAGGUGAGCACAGGUAUGACAGAUGACAAAGGGAGUGACAGCAAGAGAUCAACAGAGGCAACAUAUUCUUAUGCCAGGAAGAAUCUGGAAGUCCUCUCUUAAAUUAUUUAAAGGGAUAUCUAAGAAAAAGACUUGCCAACAUCAGCAUACAGAAAAUCAAGGGAUGACUUUAUUGAAACCAUAUUCCCUCCAUGCAUUUCCUGUCGCAGAUCGAUGCCGCUGAGUAUCUUGGUUUCAAUUAAGUCACCCCUUGAUCUUCAUGAUAGUGUUGGUUAGUGAUGAUGGAUUGAUUGAUAUCUUUAUUGUUAUAGUAAGUCUAAUAUUCUCAGAUACUUCUUCAAGUAAUUUUAUAUCUUUAACCAGGUGGGAGCUCCAUAUUAGCGAAUGUGUCGUACAUUAGAUUCAUUCCAUUUAUUUAUCCAAUGAGCAAAACGAACUACAACUUUGAAUCCACCGCCAGAUAUGCCACAGCUGAUCUCAAUUCCCCCAGAAGCGCCGCCGGUUGUGGUACAGUACAGUGGUAGUAGGAAGUGGAAUGUCCAUGGAACGCGUGAGAACUGCCAAAGUUAUAGUACCAUACGCUUAACAGUACGAAAAUAAGUAGCCUACGUACGUCAAAGCCAUGAUGAUAAAGUAGCAGUGCAGUACAAUCAGCAAAUCGGUAUCUGAGAUAAACAAAACUGUGGCGGAAAAAAAAAAAAAAUCAGCAAACAACACAAUCACCAUAUAUUUCACAUUACUAUUGCAAUCUAUUACGCUACACUUUCUCUUAAGGAACUUCUCCACAGCACCAAUCAUCCUGUCAUUCAUGUAUCCACAGUUCCAGCACCAACUUUCAUGUCUUCUAUACUGUAACAUUCUCCAAUUCUCUUAGCACAACUUGCAUCAUCUCAUUCCUGUCUCUGGCAUACUUCAGACACUCCAGCACCACGUUCUCCACUGUCUCAUUCUCUCCUACGUUCCCUGCAAAUUCGAAUGUCGUGCGCUUGGCAGAGAUACAACUGUCCACGCAUGCGUAGUUCACGCAUUGCAUGGGCGUUCCAUAUGACCACUUUCCACUGCCGUCUGUCAGUGCUACACCAGCAGACCCACUCCACUCAACAGAAUCAGAUGCUUGAGCCUCGAUGUGUGGACGGUGACAGCGGCGAGAUAAGCUGUCUGCUAAACUGCCCCGCCAUUGACACACCACGUACAGUGUACACGGGAAGGUCAGUGUGGGGUCAAGGGGGGUAAGCCGUGGAACAAUAACAACUCAAUGCUGGGUGCAGCGCGGUCAUUCUGGGCAAGAGGGUAGGACGAGAAGGUGGCAGGAGUGGUGGAGGGUGAGACAAUAUGGAGGCAACAAAAGUGAUUACUCACUGCCUGCUGGCAGGAGCGAGGCAAGCAACAUGACAACAGACUCAGAAGAUGCAGACAGUUUUGAUCAACUAAGAACCUUAUGUCUAAGUUGUCGUCAUCGCAACCAUUCAUCAUCAUCGUCUGAGUGUUCUUGUGAGUCUUGCAUCUCCCACAGUGAUGAUUCCUUCUUUGAAGGUGAUGAAGGUCCACCAGGAGGAGAAAAUACUGUCCAGCGACGCCUCUACAUGUGGCUAGAAAAUGCUAAAUUGAAUUGGGGAUUCUUGGUCCUUGGGUUGCUAUUGGUCAGCAUGGCAUUCACCAUCACCAUUUUUGCAGUGGCUGAGACAAGCAGCAACAUUCAAGUUAGCCACCACACAUUGUACUGGAUGGUACCCAUGAUGGCAGUCACAGCUGGAGUUGUUAUCGCUUGGAAGACUACCCAACAUCUACUCCUGAAACAAGGCUAUGGCAAGGGUGGUCACAUCAUGGAGCGGUGGAAUCUGAUUCGGGUCGCCCAAAGGAAGAAGCUGGUGUACUCAGUGCGGGGAGCGAUCUAUGCCCCAACCCGAAGCACGCCACAAAGACCCAGCCACCCUCCUACCUAUAAAAUGGUGGGUUAUGAAAACCGGGUAGCAGACGUGGGCACCGUACACGUAGGGGGACAGAGCCUGGCCAGGGAACUUGUCUUCAAAGUGUGCAAGAUGUUUUCAGCUGAAGCUCUCCUCUGUGGCUUUGUCUCUCAAGUGUUUAGUGUAAGGAUACCCGUUAGGUGGGUGUGGUAUGUUGGGGGAAGUAGGUGUGGUGGGAGGCGGUGGCAUAGUGGAUAAGGUGGUGAGCGUGGGAUCGGGCAGACGUCCAUGCGUAGGUUCGAAUCCCACCACGUACAGCCUUAAAACACUUUGCCAUUUGUCGAGUGGUUUAAAGUUACCUACAUAUCACCAUGAUACCCAGGUUCUAGGUGGUUACACUCAAGAUGAGCUUGGGCGGUGAUAUGGGCCCUAAUAUGGGUACCACUAUAAAUAAAAUUGCCUGCGCCAUUAAUGGGCGGAAGCUGAACAGCACUUCCCAUACACUCUUCAAGUGUGCCUACAGGUGCUAUAGGCCUUACUGUAAAAAAAAAAAAAAAAAGUGGGCAGAAGUAACAG